AGGUGACGUCAUAUACAAUUUGUUUUAUUUCCGCUGAAAAUAUAUAGUACUAAAAAGCUUUAAAUUCCAUUUAUCCGGAAGUACCUUUUGGACCUGGCCGUCCAAUCAGCUUCGCUUUUCUGGCGGUUUUCGUUUAAAUUUUUGAAGGGAGAUUGGGGUGUAGACAGCGGAGCGGUGUCCCUUUGUGUAACUUGGGUUUAUUCUGCUCAGUUUUAAGCAGAUUUGCAGCUUUAAAGCUUCGCCAUGGCUGAGGGGGAAGCCGAGUGGGAGCUGUGCAAAGAGAAUAUUCAGCCACUGAGGCGUGGCCGAGCCAUUUCAGCCCUGCACCAAGCAUUGAGCCAGCAGGACGGCGCGGGAUACGCUGCCAUUCAGCAACAGAAACAGGCUUUUGAGUCUGAGCUCCGAUUGUACAGUGGAGAUGACCCACUUGAUGUCUGGGACAGGUACAUCAAAUGGACUCAGCAGACAUACCCUCAGGGAGGAAAGGAGAGUAAUCUUUCUGUGCUGUUGGAGAGGGCAGUCAAACGCUUUGUGGAUGAGACCCAGUACCACAAUGAUUCUCGCUACGUCAACCUCUGGAUCAAAUUUGCCGAGAGCAGCACUGAGCCCCUGGACAUGUACAAUUACAUGCACGGGCAGGGUAUCGGUGUCCAGCAGGCAGCCUUGUACAUUGCCUGGUCUGAGGAGUUGGAGACACACGGGGACUCUAAGAAGGCGGACAGCGUCUACCAGGAGGGCUUUAAGUGCGGGGCUGAACCUGCCGAUAAGCUCCAUCAGUACCACAAAGCGUUCCAGGCACGUGUGUCACGGCAGGUGAUGAAGGACAUGCUGGAUGGUGGGGAGCAGGAGCCUGACAGCCCUGAGCCAGCACAGCCUCAGAGGUCCUCCCUGGUAGACCUGAAGCCCAGGGGGAAGAAGACAGCCAUCGCUCCCAUCGUGCGGACUGGGGCCGCCGUUAGCCAUCGUUCACGUGGCCUGAAUCUCCAGCUACCUACAGCCCCUCAUAAUGGCCACAAUUCUCGAUUCCUGGUGUUUGACGAAAAGCAGGCGUCUGCAGCCGCCGCGGCCGAGCCCUCCGAACCCAGGCCGGAACGCUGGAUGGCCCCCCCCAGCUCCAGGGCGAAAGAGAAUGAGAUGAUGCCUGAAAAAUGGACCGAUGUGAAGAUGCCACAGAAGUCCAGGGCAGGCCACAGUGUUGUGGCCCCACCCAGCAAACCAAACUUCCAGCCUUACGUGGAAGAGUGUGAUCAGCCCCCUGUUGUGACACCACAUAAGAUUAACCCCACGGUGAACACAGUGCUGUCUGUGCGGAAGCCCUCCAAGGAGGAGACCCCCCUGGAGCGUCUGCAGGAGCCCCAGCAGGCGGAGGGCGACAAAAAGGAGCAGAGCAUGUACUGCAAGGAGCUGCUGUUCAGUGGCGUCACAGAGUUCUGCUUUGAGGAGCUACGGGCGGAGCGCUACUACAAGAGAGCGGCCCAGGAGCUGGAAGAAAAAGAGAAAAAAUUGAAAGAGGUUAAGGAGGACCUGAAGCGGCAAAUUGAAGAGAAGCGGAACGUUCUCCAAGACAGGUGUCCACAGGCAGGUGCUGGCCAGCAGGGCCGACUGGAGGCCGGUGAAUCAUCUCAGCCAGUGGACUGUCUGCCUGGAUGCGCUGUGUCACGGAGGCAGGGUUCUGACCCAGGGUUUAAAAUUUAUGAAGAAUGCGAGGCCAGCUCUUCUGCAAGGGUCAACCAGCCUGUGGAAAAUGAGGACCCUCGUUUAGCUGACAAAGGCAGCGCCCUGGUCCUGCCUUUCACCAUAUUUGAUGAGAGCACCACUGGUGAAAAAACACAAGAAGUGACAUCUAAGGCUGUUGGAUGUAGACCAUCUGUAUGUAGGCCGCUGACUGCCGUACUGAAACCACUGGCAGAAGCACCUGCCACCCGACUGGAAAGUGAUGGCUUGGAAGGAAUCGAGUCCCUGACCGACGAUGCCAUUGUCAGUAGCUACAAAAACAAAACCCUGUGCCCCAGCCCAGACGACACCUGCGACUUUGCGAGGGCUGCUCACCUAGCGUCCACACCUUUCGGCGGCUCGGGUUCAGGCCUCGGCGCCUCUGCAAGCUCGGCCGACGGCCUCCCGGAUCUGUCCACAUUCAGUGUCGACCCCGUGGUGUCGGCACCAACCCCUGCAGUGCAACAGGCGGAUUAUGAGGUGGUUCUGAGGGGGGAACGGCUCAGUCCCAUUGAAGAGGCCAGCCUGGAAGAUGGCCACUAUUCAGUGUCUUCAGCUUUUUCCGGCUCCUCUCUGGGUGGUAUGUCUGGUAUGAAGGCCAUGCACUCAUCCAGCGGGAUGGAGGCUUGCCCUCCCCAGUUUCCCAGCAUCCCUGAGGAAACUGCACAGAAUGUGGAGAAGGACAACCCUUGCAGUAUGAGCUCCCGGAGACGGGUGCUGAGCAAGGUGGACCUCGAUUCCUUUCCUAACUUCUACAGGAAUGUGAGAUCUUUGCCAGAGGUGAUGGAGGAUGAUGCACUGUUCAUAGGUGAAGAGUCCAUCAUGAUCCUCUCCCAGAUAGUCAGCGGUGAAAAUGGCGUGGUCCAUUUUGGGCAAACCAAAAGCAGAGAGAGUGUCGUCGUCAAGGUGGAUUUUGAAACUGUACCCUGGGACUUCUAUGUUGCUGCUCAGCUGAGGAGCCGCCUGGGUCCCAAAUCCCAGAAGUACUUUGGCUACCGAAGCAGCUGCUUCUUCUACAUGGAUGGCUGCAUAACUCUCAGCUGGGGGCGCUGUUUGAGCCCUCUGCAGGACUUCCUGGAGAGAUCCCCCUUCCUACAGGUGGCUGUGUCUCUCACGAAACAGCUGUUGGAGAUGAUGGAGCAAAUGCACUCCUGCCGCUUGGUGCACGGGAACAUCCGGCCUGACACUGUUCUCCUGCGAUGCAGGGAGUCUGGAGGUGAUGCAGACAGCGUCCUACAAAUGCUGGACUUCUCUUCCUGCGUGGACCUGGACCAGCAGCCUGAGGUGAUGUCUGCUGGAGACCUUCCUUCUGCCCAGGCCUUCAUAAGACAAGGCUUGCUGUCAACAUCCUCCAGCCCUUACCAGGUUGACCUUAUUGGAAUCGCAGAAACGGUGUACAUGUUAGUGAAAAAACAAACAAUGAAUGUCGUGAGAGAAGAUUCUGAAUGGAAGCCCACUGAUGACUUUACUGGAACUCUACAUGGUCAUGUUUGGCAAGAAUUCUUCCAGAAAAUUCUGAAUCCAGGCAAUCAGUCCACAGUGUCCAUUCUGUCUGACCUCCAGCAUCUUGUUGAGAGGAUUUUCCUCUGUGGCACUGAGAAUAACCUCAUGAUAACUGAAUAUUUUUAACACUGCUAAUGUCACAGGUAGCUUUUGUAAAAAAAUUAGUAAAAUAGGUUAAUCGUA